UUAAGCUGCUAAUAGCCUAAUAAUUCAAGCAUUUUCUAGGAAAAGUGUUACAAUAAAAAUGUGGCCAACUAUGAGUUUAUAUGUUGCAACAAUAGUAGCAAUAUGUUUUAUUUUCUUGGUAUUAAAAAGGAGGAAUUCAAGAGAAAAACAAUUUGUUCUACCUCCAGGGUCUAAAGGCUUCCCUCUUAUAGGAGAAACCCUUCAACUCCUUGUCCCUACUUACUCCCUAGACCUUCCCUCGUUCAUUCGAACCAGAAUUCUAAGGUAUGGGCCUAUAUUCCAAACGCGACUUGUUGGAAGGCCGGUUGUGAUGUCUGCUGAUCCAGGCUUCAACCGGUACAUUGUGCAACAAGAAGGGAAGUCAGUUGAAAUGUGGUACUUAGACACAUUCUCUAAGUUAUUUGCACAAGAUGGCGAAGCUAGGACUACUGCUGCUGGCCUAGUGCAUAAAUACCUUAGAAACCUUACUUUGAGCCAUUUUGGCUCUGAAAGCCUUAGGGUAAAUUUGCUCCCUCACCUUGAAAGUUUGGUUCGAAACACUUUACUUGGAUGGUCGUCUAAGGAUACCAUUGAUGUCAAAGAAUCCGCGUUAACUGUACAAUUCUUCCCUUUUUUUUUUAAUCUUUUGUGUGCUAACUUACAUAAGCAUAUAUGAUUUACUUU